CCAAACAAUCAAAUAAUAUUACACCAUCUCUCCAUUUUUUUUUUCUCUCUAUAAUGAAAAUGGCUAUUAGUCCAUCUUCACCAAAGAUCCUUCCUUCUGUCCAAAUUUUCUCAAUCAAAUCCUCACACUCUUCCACCUUAAUUUUUGUAAAGUUCAAAUCUUUCAUCCACACUAUCAUCUUCUCUCAAGUUUGUCGGUUGGUUCGGGCGAUUUCCCGAGCCAAGUCGACGGUGGUUCAUAUUCUUAAGAAAAGUUAUCACUAUAAGAACAAAAACAAGAACAAGAUCUUUUUUGGGUCGUUUAGACUCCAUUACAAUUGGUGCUCUUCUCAUGUGAUGCCUAUGCCAGAUCCCGUGUGGGAAUUAGGGCAUUUUUACUAUGACCACGCUGCCACCACCACCGCGGAUGGCUCGCAACUGUCCGGUUAUUUGCAGUGGUUGGAGGAGAGAAAAUUAGAAAGCGAGACGAUGACGACAACGGCUACAAUGACGGAGAUGAAUGAGAUCGACAAAUUGGCAGAGAUGUUCAUUGCAAGCUGCCAUGAGAAAUUCAGGUUGGAGAAACAAGAAUCUGCUAGGAGAUUUCAAGAGAUGAUGGCUAGAAGCAUGUGAAGGAAAAAAUUGAGAGAAAAAAAAAAAUUGUUGGAAAGGUUUUUUGGGAAAUUGGCAAAUUAAUAGAUGAAGGUGAGUUUGAUGGGUAGUGAUUGAGGGGGUGUGUGGUAAUGUUUUGGGAAAUUCUUGUCUAAUGUAAAUUAUUUGGGGUGGAAUUAAUCAUUUCCAUCAUAUCCAAAAUUAAGCUAGUUAAUUAAAUUAGUUUUAUUAAGGAUA